AUGGCCACAAACUCUCCACCGUCAGACGCGGAGGCAACCGCGCCAAUCUCCAUUAGCACUUUCACACCCCGCGUUGCAGAUCCACCCACAAUCAACGUGACUCCGUUUACCUCCGAGGGAAAAAAACGGCCGCGGCGAAGCGAUCGAAGAGGAGCUAACGCGGCCAACAUUGUCACGCCGAUAUCAAAGAAAGGGUUGUUCCUUAACGAGAUAGGGGAUAGCCUGGUCGACCACCUCUACGCGAACUCUAAGCUCGACGACGAUCUGGGGCUAUCGUGCGUCUCUGCCAUCAAGAGCCUGCGCAGUAACCUCACCGCAACCCUAACUGGCAUCUCGUGUGCCAACUUCGACAAUAGAAGCGGCUGCACGCUAGCGGGGUUUGAUGCUGCACCACUGAAGAUCUGGCGUAGCUGCCCUUACCACAAUGAGAUAUUUACUUCGCCCGCCUCAAUUGAGGCUGACCAUCCUUGCUCUAGUGGGAAUUCUCCCCGCAUCCCGCCUGGGCGCCGGAAUCAUGCGAACGUGUUCAGCCUGGAUGACCUCUCUGAGAUAAGAGAAAUUGAGCGGCUGAUACGGGUCUACGGGCGAGUGGCGAAUGGGGGAAUUUUAGACCGUAGCUACCGUUUUUUCGUGAACGAAACGCGCACCGCAGCACUGUCGUUCAAGGUUCAAAACGGGGUCGCAAUCGUGGGAGGAGACCCACUGUGCGAGAUGACUGCGAUUCCAGAUCUUCUCGCAGAGUUUGCGCUGUAUCGGCGACGGUAUCGCUGGGGGUUAGCGUUUAUGGGAGUAAGCGAAUCAUUCGCGCGAAAUUACGCCCAAGCACACGGGUGGACAACGUUACGAUUCGGUACAGAGCGUGUCCUCAACCCGCAAACGAACGAGGUACUGCUCGAGCGCUGUGGGAAACGCAUUGUGGCACAAAGCAAGCAGUUGCUGCACCGUUGUAAGGGCGGGAUCACGCUCGGGGUUUACGCGCCUGCAAUACACGGGACAAAUCGCCAGCUGGAGACGGACCUGGUGGCCAUAUACGACUCCUGGCGUACAGAUCACAAUUGUGCCGGUACCCAGCAAGCUUUCAUAACCAUCUAUGAUCUGUUCGUGCUACCCGCGCUUAUGAUCUUUGUAUAUACCAGUGGUCCUGACGGCUGCCUCAACGGCUUCGCUGCCCUACGUCGCGUGGGUGCAGCUGGCUACCACGUUGACCCCUGCAUCGCAGCGCCAGGCAGCCCAAAAGGUAUUAGUGAUCUCCUCCUCGUCGCCGCUAUGGCCAUGCUCAACCGUGCUGGUGUUUCAUAUCUGAGCUUCGGUUUCGAGCCCUUGCACGCUCUCUCUUUCGGAGAUAUCGCCGAUGCACCGUUUCUGACGUCUCGUCUCAUUCGCGGCCUGUACAGCCAUGUGUUUCAUCGUCUUCCUAUCGGCGGCACAAAGGCUUACCAUGAUAAAUUUCGGCCAGAUCCCUCUCAGGAUUCUGGAGUUUAUCUUGUUUUCCCUAAAGGCAUCAAUUGUCUGCACCAUUUACUGGCCAUCGUACAUAUGGCGAACAUCAAUUUGCGCAAGAUGUUCUUGGCGGACGUGUCGGGUUGGGUUUCUAACCGCAGGACUAAGUAUCUGCUAGCAGUGUCGUCGGAUAGGAGGAAGAAAAAAUAA